GCGGCGGCGCGGAGCCGGGAAGCUCCUCCGUGCCCGCGUCCAGCCCGCUUGGCUGGGCUUGCUGCUGUGGAGGCGGGAGAGGCCAGGGCGAGCGCGGCGUGGAGGCGGCAACGGCGGCCGUCUCCUCCUCCUCUCCUCCCUCCUGCUCCCGCUGGCUGGUGCCGCGGCUGCAGCGGCUGCUGCUUUCGGCAGCGGCGGCCGCCAGAGCCAGCCGAGCUCGCUCCGCGGUCGUCGUCGGGUAGAGAGUCGAGCGGAGACGCGAGCCGACGACGGGGAAGCAGCAGCGCCGCGGCCGGCCAGAUGGAGCCUCCGCUCUGAUCGCCUCGUCGUCGACGCGAGCAGCCGGGGAAGAUGCCGGGAGCGGCGCCCAGGAGGACCGCGCCUCCGCCUCGCAGGAGCUGAGGAAGAGGAGGGCGGCGGGGCUCGCUUCCUGGCGGGGCAACGGAGGGCGGCUGCUGCUGCUGCUGCUGGGCUCGGGGCGCUGCCACCCGCCGGAUUGAAGGAGCCGAUCUUGCCGCUGCCGGUCGGAGGGAUUUGCCGACCAGGACCAUGAUUGUAGCCGGCGCGCUCUGCCUUUUCCUCUGCCUGGACGAGGUGCUGCUGCCCGCCUGGGCUGCCCCCUCCCUGCUGGCUGCCCAGGAUCCCCAGGGCUGGCGGGCCCCCGUGGACUGCGUCCAGGCCAACGAGCUGUGCGCGGCGGAGGCCAGCUGCAGCUCCCGCUACCGCACCCUGCGCCAGUGCGUGGCCGGCCGGGACCGGAACACCAUGCUGGCCAACAAGGAGUGCCAGGCCGCCCUGGAGGUGCUGCAGGAGAGCCAGCUCUACAACUGCCACUGCAAGCGCGGCAUGAGGAAGGAGCUGCCCUGCCUGCAGAUCUACUGGAGCCUCCACCUCGGCCUGGCGGGGGGAGAAGAGUUUUACGAAGCCUCCCCCUACGAGCCAGCCUCCUCUCGUCUCUCGGAUAUAUUCAGACUCGCUUCAAUUGUCUCAGGAAUGGACCCUGCUGCUGCCGCGGCUGCCGCCAGCGCCAAAAGCAACCACUGCCUCGACGCGGCCAAAGCCUGCAACCUGAACGACAACUGCAAGAAGCUGCGGUCGGGCUACAUCUCCACCUGCAACAAGGAGAUCUCCCCCGCCGAGCGCUGCAACCGCCGCAAGUGCCACAAGGCCCUGCGCCAGUUCUUUGACCGGGUGCCCCACGAAUACACCUACCGGCUGCUCUUCUGCUCCUGCAAGGACCAGGCCUGUGCCGAGCGGCGCCGGCAAACCAUCGUCCCCGACUGCUCCUACGAGGACAAGGAGAAGGCCAACUGCCUGGACCUCCGCAGCCAGUGCCGGUCGGACUACCUCUGCAGGUCAAGGCUGGCCGACUUCCACGCAAACUGCCAGGCCUCCUUCCAGUCGCCCACCAGCUGCCCUGAGGACAACUAUCAGGCUUGUCUGGGCUCCUACGCAGGCCUCAUCGGCUUCGACAUGACGCCCAACUACGUGGAUGCGAGCACCACCAGCCUCACCGUGUCCCCGUCCUGCUCCUGCCGAGGCAGUGGCAACCUGGAGGAGGAAUGCGAGAAGUUCCUGAGAGACUUCACAGAAAACCCCUGUCUCAGAAACGCGAUCCAGGCCUUUGGCAAUGGCACAGACCUCACCCCCAUCCGGCCCUCGCCCCCCAUCACCAUGCCCCCCACCAUGAAGAAUAGCCCCCCAUCGACAAAUGAGGUCAGCGUGUACAACCGGAGCGUGGUCACCACAUGCACCUCCGUCCAGGAACAGGGACCGAAGCGAAACAAGUCCAAAGAGGAGAGUCUCUGCCUCUCAGAGAAACUUGUGACCACAGACCUUCCAGAGCAGACGACCUUGACUGCGGAGGGUUCCGGCAGCCGGCACUGGAUCACAGGCACCCUUUCUGCUCUCCCUUUCUUCCUGGUGAAAGUGGCAUUAUAAAACAAGAAGAGUGGGGUGAGGCUGCCCGUGGCGGGGGGGGCCCCAGUGAAACAAACUCUCUGUCUUUCUCACACACACACACACACACACACACACACACCCGCCUCCCCCAAGAGCCCUCCUUUGGCGCCUUUCAAGAAGCCACCAUGAAUGCGGUUUGCUGACGCUCCUGCCAGACGCUGCGGCUCAGCGAGGAGGAGGACAGCCAUGCAGAGGGACUCCUGAACUGCCGCCGCGAAGCUUCCCAGCCUGGGAAUUCUGCCUAAUUGACUGGCCCAUUUGUUCUGCCGGCAAAGUGUCCCCGAAGGGGCGUCUGAGGCUCCUGCUGGGCUGAAGGGCACCUUCCACAGGGAUCCCGCCCAGGCGGGUUCAGGAAAACGGCAUCGGCCUUGGGAAGCAGCCGGAGAAUUCCGCGGAGACGGAGACUGCACAGGGCGAUGUGGCGGAGCGUGGCCAGUGAGCCAGAUAGCCGUGCCACUCUGCGGGACACAGGGCAGCCAGCCUCCCCCAGCCCAGCCCCCGGACCGGCCUCUCUUCCUUGCUUGAGAGCCGUCUCCCUUCUACACGAGCCAAGCCCGGCUUCCGCUGUCCUCGGAGGACCCGCGAGGUGUCUUACUUUCUCCUCUUGAAGCAGAAGGUGCGGAGGUGCUUGUGCCGCCGAGGUGGAAAGGAAGGAGCGUCGAGGUCUGGGGGGAGCCUCCUUCCUUCCUGGGCAAUGGCGAUCCUCAGGGUGGCCAUCCUGGCAGUGACCAUAGCCGGGCCACAGCCAAGGAGGUGAUCUUCCUGCCAAUCAUUCUGGUCCUCCCAUUUUCUAGGAUUUUCAUGUCAGCAAAAGAGGCCCCCCCCCGCCCGCCCCACUAUAAGGUUGUCCCAGUAUUAUGCCCUUUGGGCGGCUGUUUUUUCCUUUGGGGUCCUGGUUGGAUGGAACAUCCCUGGGUGACAGCCACUGUACGGCCCUCUCCUUGGAUUAUAUACAUCUCUAGAGUAUGUAUAUAGUGAGAGAAACCUGUAUCUUCCUAGACGUGUGUAUAUACAUAACCAUAUACCAAAUGGCUUUCUGUUUCCUUUCCUGUUUUUUUUUUAAUGAUGAAAACAAGAAGGACAAAACUAACAAGAUGUAUUAUUGCAAAGUUUAUUUUUUUUAAACAAUGUCUCCCACCGGGGUGGGCUCCCCUCCUACUGCCCCAGACAAAAGCCCCCCUAGCCCUGCGGCUGCUGGGGGUUGGGGCAGGGGGGGGGGCAGCUGCUGGGACGCUUCGCCCAUUGCGCCAAUAAACAUGCCGAGAAGCCAA